AUGGAAUUGGCAAUUUACAUAUAUUUAGUGAGUGAUUUUUUGAUAGUAGGACUGAGUGUAUACAUCUGUUAUGUUUGUAAUUUUCAUGAUAAUUAUAAAAGAGAAUUACAAUUUGAUGGCUGUGGGAACACUAUUUGGUUUGUCAAUAUUACUUGUAACGAUGGCCAACUCGAAAUUUGAUAAUUAAAAACUCAAAGUAAUUUUAAUCUUGAUAAGUUAUUGUUCCAAAUAUUUGGGUAUAUGGUUUUUAGGUGAUUCAGAUGGAGUCAAGUUCUUACUUUAAGUAAUAAUGUGCUAAACUUAAAUGUAUAAGAGAAUUUUUGAUCAUGCUUUUAUAUAUGAAUUAAUUGGAAUGUUUAGUUUAAUUCUAAAUAUAUUCAACCAUGAAAGAAUAGUCAAUGAUAAUGCAGAAGUAUUGACAAUAGAAUUAGUGAUUACAAUUAAUAUUUUAAUCCAAAUAUUCAAGAUCAUGAAUUAGAAGAUUCCUGAGAUUCAAAAACAUAAUUUAAUAGAGAAUUAAUGUGUUAUAGAUAUAAGUGCUCAUUAAAAAUUGAAAUAAGAUUACUAAAUAACUCCAAGUUAAUCACCAAGAUUAGCAUUUUAGAAAUUAUUCUAAUCUAAUCAUUUCAUGAUUUUCAAUGAGAAUUUAGAAAUUCUGGAGAGUAAUUUUGAUCUAAAAAUACAUUGUCUUAAUGAAUCACUUCCAUAAAACAAUAUUUUGGUUUAAUAAUUUUUGUAUUUGUAAUUAAUUUCAUCUAAUUUUGGAGAGAGUGAAAAAGUUUAUGAUUUUGAGGAAUUCAUGUUGAAAUUUAAAGAUGAUCUUAAGUGUUAAUUUGCAUCUUUUAUAAUAUAAAAGAGUUAAUUUUUUGAUUUGGAGAAUGUAACAUUAAACAUAAUGCCAUUUCAAAAAGAUGAUAGUUAUAACUUCAUUGUUUCAUUUUAAUACUUAAGUUAAGUAUUAUUUAAAAGAUUGAAAGAUGAUAGUACUAGUAAUGUUUUGAUGGAUAUCAGUCGUUCUCUUUCUCAUGAAUUAGGUACUAAUCUUAAUAGUAUAAUGGUAUUUUCUAAUUUGGCUUUUCAUGAUAAUGAGGUUCCAGAUUAAGUAAAAGAGAAGUAUAUAUCACCACUUAAAUAAAUAGUGAACAACUCAACUUAAUUGUAAGUAAUAUAAGAGAUUACAAUUUAAUAAGUUUGCAACAAUUCAAUCUAAAAUUAGAAGAAUUUAAUAUUAAUGAUGAAGUUAAAUAUAUUGAAACACUUGUGAUGGAUAUCAUCAAUAAUAAGUUAAUUGAGUUGGUACACGAUUAUCAAUUAGUAAAUCCUAUUAUCAUUAAUGAUCGCCAACGAUUCAGAUAAGUAUUCUUUUAAUUCUUGAGUAAUGCUGUUAAAUACACUGCUUAGGGUACUAUACGUAUUAAAAUUGAAACUAACAAAUCAUAAUGUUAAAUCUCAAUUUAAGAUUCAGGUCCUGGAUUGGUAAUAUAUAUAUUUAUAUAUUAAUAGUCUGAAGAAGAAAUGGCCAGAAUGUAGAAUAUUCUUAUUGGUAAAAAUCAAUUUGUAAAGAUUUCUACACAUUCAGUUGGAAGUGGUUUAGGUAUUGGAAUAUCAAAUAGCAUAAUAAAAAAAAUGAAUUGCUUAAAUAUUCCUAUAGCUUGUGAUCAUAAAGAGAAAGGAACUAUUUUUUCAUUUUAUAUAAAAAAUCAUAUAAAUGAAGUUAGUAAUUAGGACAAUAAGAAAUCUUUAGAACUUAAAUCAAGCAGAUCUAUGAUCAAACUUAUUUCUGUUAAUUCAUAUAUUGAGUAACCUUUUAGUAAUUCAGUUAAAUUCAUAUUACCCUCUAUUAAUCAAAGCAAUGAUUCAGUACAUUACAAGACCUCUCUUUUUGAUGAUGAUUAAGUUAUGAGAUAAACAAAAUUAAUAUUAGUAUAAGAUUAGUUAUCUGUACCUAUUAGUGAAGAAGAGUAUAUCAUAAUUUAAGAACCACGAUUAAUGAGUCCUAAAUUUCAAUGUGAAAUUAUUGAAUGCUCAAUUCAAAGUAAUUGUUGUGCUAGGGUUUUAAUUGUUGAUGAUGAAUACUUUAAUAUUUUGAGUCUCUAACUUUUAAUGCAAAAACAUAAAGCCAAAUGUGAUUAUGCAUAUAAUGGUAAAGAAGCAUUAGAUAAAAUUAUUAAAAAAGCAGAAAUUGGAUGUCAAAUUUGUUAAAAUAAAUAUUAUAGUCUUAUUUUUAUAGAUAUCAAUAUGCCUAUCUUAGAUGGGUAUUCAACUGUUAAAGAAAUCAAAAAUCUUAUGAAAAAUAAAACUAUUAGAAGAGCAUGGUGUGUUGCUAAUACUGGAUUUACAGAUCUUGAAACUAAAUUAUAAUCAUUUGCUGCUGGAAUGCAUUAUUUUCUUACAAAACCUUUAGAUGCAAAAAACCUUCAUAAUCUAAUUGUUUAAAUGUUUCCAUUACAAAAAUGA